AUGAACGAGAGUCUUGAGGCGCCGAGUAAGGUAGCGCGGCUUAGCUCGUUCGAAUGCUGGGGCAAGAUCCUCGCCGGCAGGCCCUGCCGCUGCGGCGACUACAACUCCCGUGAGCUGCCCCACCAUACCAGCGGCUCCGCGUGUCACCACCACGGCAUACUGGUUCCAGCUGACCGCGUCCGCAUGCUUUCGACUCCGCCCAGCCUGGCCAACAGCGCCUCCAAUGGCGUCUGGAGCGAGCACCGCGCGCCGCUGAGCGGCAACCUGCAAAAGAGCGACGACCCCGCCGUGUUCAACGUGGCAACGUCGGCGCCACUCCCCGCAGAGUGGUGCGCCACCUGCCCCCACUCUGGGGCCGCGGUCAUCAGCUUCAUCCUCUCCCACUCCUCGCUGGGCGUGCCCCAGCUCCAACCGGUCUUGCAGCAGCACAUGCUGCCCCUGCAGCAGCACGCGUUGGGUGGGGCCUUGCCGGUGCAGGCCCGCGAGCCGCCGCUCCUCGGCGUGCACCCUGGCCACUAUGAGGUCCUCCGUCAGUCCGCCCUGCUACAGCACCGCGUGAUCCCCUUCCCAAGCGGGCUGCCGGGCUACGAGGCGCAGGCUAUCCUCGGGAGGCAUCCCCAGCACCUGCUGCAGCAGCCCGAGGCGGUGCAGACGGUCGCGUCCCCGCUGCACUACGCGCCGCACGCAAGCGCCUUCCACUCGGUGCAGCACCGCAAUAGGUAG